AGAUCCCAAGCCAGGUGGGCUUGAUUUGUCCUCUUUGUUUUUUUCUGUUCUUGAUUACAGAGUUUUGAUUUUUCCUUUCUCCAGUCCUGCUCUUUUUUUUUUUUUUUUUUUUUUAUUUGGGGGAAACAAAGAAUAGAAUUUCGUUGCUGAAGCAUGAAGUGGCUUGUCCAUCAUUUUAUGUGCGAUGUUUUGUGGAAUGAUUUGUGGGUUUGUUUUCUUUUGUCCUCUGGGCUGAUUGUCGUUCUUUGUUUCAUGCGAGAUGGCUUGGACUUGUUAUUAUUUGCGUAUGAAUUUAAUGAGUUUUAGGCUUGUUUUGCUGUUGAUCUGGGCAACUGGGAUUGUUUUAGUGAGCGUUUGUGCGUUUCUUGUUAUGCUCUCCGUCUUUAAUUAUCUACAUUUUAUAUAAUUUUUGUCUGCGGACACCAUCCUCUUGUUUCGGUUGUUUUUAAGUUGAAAAUCUCCGUGGCCAUUUUUUUUCCCCCUAGCAUCCUUGCUUUGAAUUAUGGAAUUGAUAAUCAAUAAAGGGUGGAUAAGAGUUUGUUACAGGAGGAGUUAAUGCUGCAUUAUUUUGAUUCUUGAAUGUGACAACAAUGAUGAUGAUAGGUUUGUCAAGCUCGAAAAUUCGUGAAUGGGGAUUCAGACAAUGGGUAUACAAGGGGGUGGCCAACAAUCUCAUGUUCAGCCAUUGACAAGGCAAAAUUCAUGGUAUAACCUCACCCUUGAUGAAGUUGAAAAUCAAUUGGCAGGCUUGGGGAAACCAUUGGGUAGCAUGAACCUUGACGAGGUUCUUAAAAAUGUAUGGUCAGCAGGAGUGAAUCCAGCCAUGACAAUGGAUGUUGACAACACUUCACCUGCAUCUCUGCAGCGACAAGCCAGCCUAUCAUUGGCUAGGGCACUAAGCGAGAAGACAGUUGACGAGGUGUGGAGGGAUAUCCAACAAGGACAGCAAAAGAAGGGUAGUGUAGAGAUGAAAGGUCAAGAAAGAGAAACGACUCUUGGCGAAAUGACUUUGGAGGAUUUCUUGGUAAAAGCAGCAGUUUUUGCUGAAGGUUUGGAUACAGCUAGUGCAAUGACCCCACAAGGUUUUCCACGACAAAUGGGAUUGUUGCAGUCCCCUUCAAUUGGCACACAAUUGGAUGCACCAUUGUUGGGGCGGAAAAGAGAUACCCCAGAUACGCUUGAGAAAACCGUUGAAAGGAGGCUAAGAAGAAAAAUCAAGAACAGGGAAUCUGCUGCCCGUUCACGAGCUAGAAAACAGGCUUACCAUAAUGAGCUGGUGAGCAAGGUUUCGCAUUUGGAAGAGGAGAAUAUAAAGCUUAGGAAAGAGAAGGAGCUGGAGGAGAUGUUGCCAUAUGACUCGUCGCCAGAGCCAAAGUACCAGCUGCGAAGAACAAGUUCAGCCUCUUUCUGACGUGCUAUCCCUGUGGAAGUUUUGUAGAAUAUUACGGCCUCCAUGGGGUCUCUGUGGCAGCUGCUUUGGGACUCUUUGCUGCUGCUGCGGCUGCUCGUUGCUCAUGUGGUGACGUGCUUCUCCCAUCUUCUAUUAGGGUUGAUUUUAUGUACAUUAAUAACGAUCCUUACCAUUUGGUAUUUUUAUACAGGAGUCUCAUAUGCCAUGUUUAUAUGCUUAGGCAUGGGUUGUGUUGCUGGAAAACAAAUUUAGAGAAGGAAGCAAGAUCAUUCUAGUGAUUAAGCCCUGUGUUCUUACAAUCAUAAUGCUCCAUAAUAAAAUGAGAAGCCAAUCUUCCAGCAUUUUAACAA